CGCUCAAACUAGAGUGCGACGCGUCGCAAAGAGGCAUCCGCGCAGUGCUUUUUCACACAAAAGGGAACAGGAACGAGCCUAUUGGGUUCCGUUCGAGAACAUUGUCGAAAGCAGAACAAAAUUAUUCACAACUUGAACGAGAAGCGUUAGCCCUGGUAUUUGGAGUAAUGAAGUUCCAUGUUUAUCUUCUAGGCCGAGAGUUCAUCCUCGUCACAGACCACCAGCCACUCCUGGGCCUGCUGAGAUCGGAUCGGCCAACUCCACCGCUGGCAGCUGCUCGUAUACAGCGCUGGCGCUGUAUUUGGGCGGAUUCUGCUACAAGCUGCAGUAUUCUCCAGGCAAGCAGCUCCUGAACGCGGACGCCCUCAGUAGGCUGCCACGAGAAACUUCGGAGCCAACCGCGGACGGCGAGCCACCCGAGUACGUUUUGGCCCUCGCAUCCGUACAGGAGAGUGCAGCCUCGACAGCGGAAUUGCAGGCGCUAACCGCCAGCGACCCUGUACUGGCCAAGGUUGUGCAGUACACAAGGAAUGGAUGGCCUACAAGCGCUAAAGCACUUGAACGAAGAUUACUCCCUUUUUUCGACCGCAGACUCGAGCUUUCGCUGGCCCACCGGUUGCUCUAUUGGGGCCGUAGGGUUGUCAUUCCAGACAGCGCGCAGCAUAGAAUGUUGCACCUGCUGCACGAACCUCAUCAAGGAUCAUCGGCGAUGAAGGCAAUCGCUCGGUCGGCUUUCUGGUGGCCUGGAAUGGACAACGACAUCGAACAAGUGUCAGCGAGGUGCACAAGCUGUAUUCAAAAUCGACGCAUGCCGGCAUCUGCCCCGCCAGUUAGCUGGCCGACAUGCCAGGAAAGCUGGUCGAGAGUACAUUAGAUUUCGCGGGGCCAAUAAAUGGAAGCAUGAUCCUUGUUCUUGUAGAUGCUCACAGCAAAUGGAUUGAGGCCGUACCAAUGAAGCAGGCGACCACAUCUUCGACUAUCACUUGCCUGCGCAGCUUGUUCAGCAGGUUCGGCAUUCCGCGCACCCUUGUUUCAGAUAAUGGAACGCAGUUCACUAGUCAAGAGUUUGCCGAUUUCAUGAAUAAGAACAACAUAACUCGCCUGCGCACGGCUGCGUUUCAUCCCCAGUCGAACGGCCUUGCAGAGAGAGCUGUUCGAACCGUGAAAGAUGGGCUGAAGAAGAUUAACCAGGCCCGAUUAGAAGAUUGCCUUUGCAGACUACUCUUCAAUUACCAGAGAACACCCCUCGCAUCGGGCAAUUCUCCUUCGGAGCUUCUCCUGGGAUACCAAAUUCGGUCUCGUCUCGACACGUGCUUUCCUCCCUUGAUUGCAGGAAGAUCAGGUGAAUCAGAUGAGUGGACCCUGGCACCGGACGCGAACGUGUACAUCCGCAACUUUGGCAAGGGUGAAAAGUGGAAGACCGGCACGGUACAGUCGGCCGACGGAGCGAGGAUGGUGACAGUCGAGACGCCAGAGGGCCUUGUUCGGAGACAUGUGGAUCAAGUUCACACAAGGAUAGACUCGGUUGAACCCCUACGUGACAGGGAAGGGGAGAGUAUGCCUAAGUCGAGAACUACGCAAUAA